CACACCGCCCGGCCGCCAGCUCCCGUGGUCCCGCCGUCCGCUCGCCGGCCCGUCGCCCGUGCGCCAUGCAGCCGCCGCCCGCCCCGCGCGCGUAGGCGCCAGCCGCAGGCCAUGCUGCUCCCGCUCGCCGCGCUGCUGGCCGCCGCCUGCCCGCUGCCGCCGGCCCGCGGCGGGGCCGCGGAUGCGCCGGGCCUCGGCGGGGCGCCCCUCAACGCCUCCGUCAACGCGUCGUCCGAGGGCGAGCCCGCCGCCCCGCGGCUGCUGGCCUCGGCGGCUCCCGGGACCCCCGAGCGCCCGGGCCCAGAGGAGGCGGCGGCGGCGUGCAACAUCAGCGUGCAGCGGCAGAUGCUGAGCUCGCUGCUCGUGCGCUGGGGCCGCCCGCGGGGCUUCCAGUGCGACCUGCUGCUCUUCUCCACCAACGCGCACGGCCGCGCCUUCUUCGCCGCCGCCUUCCACCGCGUCGGGCCGCCGCUGCUCAUUGAGCACCUGGGGCUGGCGGCCGGCGGCGCGCAGCAGGACCUGCGCCUCUGCGUGGGCUGCGGCUGGGUGCGCGGCCGCCGCCCCGGCCGCCUCCGGCCCGCCGCCGCCGCCUCCGGGGCGCCCACCGCGCUGCCCGCCUACCCCGCAGCCGAGCCCCCCGGGCCACUGUGGCUGCAGGGCGAGCCGCUGCACUUCUGCUGCCUGGACUUCAGCCUGGAGGAGCUGCAGGGCGAGCCGGGCUGGCGGCUGAACCGCAAGCCCAUCGAGUCCACGCUGGUCGCCUGCUUCAUGACCCUGGUCAUCGUCGUGUGGAGCGUGGCCGCCCUCAUCUGGCCGGUGCCCAUCAUCGCCGGCUUCCUGCCCAACGGCAUGGAGCAGCGCCGGACCACCGCCAGCGCUGCCGCCGCCGCCGCCCCCGCCGCCGUGCCCGCGGGGACCACCGCCGCCGCCGCCGCCGCCGCCGCGGCCGCCGCCGCCGCCGCGGCCGUCACCUCGGGGGCGGCGGCCAAGUGACCCGGCCCGCUCCUCCCCGCGUCCGCCCUGUGGCCGCGCUCUCGGGUGCCUUUCCCGCCGGGAGACUCGGCCGGUGUGCUUCGUGCUGUGGUGACCGUUAGUUCUUCCUCCGGGGAGGGGGCCGCCGGAGGGGCCCCAGCGGCUUUGCCCAGCGACCUGCGUGCCGCGCGUCGUUCCGGAAGGCAGGUGGCAGUCCUUGCGCCCGCAGGGUGGGAUCCGCAGCUAGGAAGACAGAGAGGAGGGAAACGGGGCCCUUUCCCCUCUAUUGUAACCCCCUGCCCUCCUCCCUCCCCGCACCCACGUGCCCUACAUUCAUGGCAGAAAAUGACCAAAUCCUGUGUAUUUGUUUUAUAUAUUUAAUAACUGUUUUAAAUGAAAGUUUUAGUAAAAAAAAAAUCAAAUUGCUAUUGCUGUAGUAAGAGAAGCUCUUUGUAUCCAAACAUAGUAUUUGAAGUUAGUUGUUUUUUAAUUUAUUUAAAAGGGGAGGGGGCAUGGGAAGGAUUUCACACCCACAUAUUGUUACCGCUAAAAUGAACUUUAUGAACCUUUUCCAAGUCGAUCUAUCCAGUGACGUGGCCUGGUGGGCGUUUCUUGUACUAAUGUGGUUUUUUUUUGGCUUUUAAUACAGACAUUUUCCUCCAGAGAUGCGUAUGUAGCUUUUUUCUUUAUUUGAUCUAGGAAAAGGAAUCCAAGAAUUACAAGGUGUUGCCCUGAAAUGUGAGGGAGGGAUGCUCCAAAGUUACAGAGGGGCUAGUGCAAUCUGUCUCCCCUUGCCUGUCUAGGACAGGCAGGAGAUGGAAACUAUAUUACUUACCCUGAUGGUAACUGUUUUAGGGCUCACCAGGCUGCCUUCCAGCAACCACCCAGCCCCACCCUGCCAACCCCCCUUAGCCUCACUGACAUUUGUCACGGUGGCAUACAGGGUUUUAUGUCAUUUGUCUUUUUGUCCCCUGCCUCACAGUCUGUGAAACACCCAGUAAAAUGCCAAAACAGUAAAAUCAGUAAUUCCCGAGCCAGGUAUCUUUCAUGGAAAUGACCCAUUUUAAAAAACAUGUCGAUUUCCUUUUCAUGUGUGUAAGUGUCAGCCUAUGAGCACAUUUCAAAAGCUAGUUUUAAAACCUGCGUUAUUAUUUUGGCAUUAAUAGAUUUUUUUUUUUUUUUAAGGUCAAUUCCUAGUGGCUAAAUAGUUCACGAUCACAAGGCUUUCCUCACUCCUGGUUUCCAUGGUAUGAUAUCUGCUGGGCAGUAGUUUCAGAUUUUUCCCAGUUUUCAGAAGAAGAAUAAAUGAAAAGUCCUUAAAUUGACUCAGUAUAAAAACCAUUUUAAAAGCCUCUUAGAAAGAUAUUAAAAGCUACUUUCCCUUGCUCUAUUUCCUCCCCAUUUUUGAGUGAAUACUUGAUAUUGUCCUAGAGCUGUAGUUCUCAGAGUGGGGUCCCUGGACCAGCAACAGCAGCAGCAGCAGGGAACUGGUUAGAGACGCAAAACUGAGGCCUCAUCCAGGACCAAGUGAACCAGAAACUCUGGGCAGGGCCCAGCAAUCUAUGUUUUAGCCAGCACUCCAAGAGAUCCUGAUGCGUUUCAAGUUUGAGAACUGCUGUGCGCUAGCAGAAGGGAACCCCCAAAACGCCUAGCCUCCUUUUAUCUUGGCAUGUCUCUAUGAUAUCAAAGAUCUGAGACCCCUGUUCCACAGGAAGCUGAAGGAGAGGUUGGGUCAUUGCCCUGCACCUUCAACUGCCCAUCUGGCUCUUUGGAAUCCAGGGCUAUCUCUAGCAGAGGCCAGCCAUGAGAGAGGAGGAGGGGAGGGUGAUGGCCCUCCCCUCCUCCCGGUCCAGACACUGAAGUUCAAUGUAAUGCAAACCUGCUAGCCUUGCAAGUCACGGUAUAUCUUCUUAUGCUCCAAAGCAAGGUGGUUGGUGAGCUGCAUUCUUUUCCAGCCCCGCGGUAUCUAGCAGGAGAAAACCAAUAGCUGCUAACCUUGGUCAAUUUUCCUAUGAUCACAGUAUUUGUAAUUCUGGAAGGCACAUUAAGUAUUCCGGGUACAACACACACACACUCACGCGCGCACGCACGCACACACACACACACACACACUCAUUCUCCCUGCUUUUUCCCAAGAUAGAAACUGAGGGCUGAAGAGGUUUUAGCAUUUUGUCUACCAUCACACAACUACAAGUCUUGGUCUUCUGCCUUCCUAACUGGUAUUUUUUCAUCACCAAAAACUUCCUUUCCCUGAAUUAGGAGCUAGCCACUCAAGGUCUGCUCCUGUGGCCACCCCCCAACCUCCCCCACCCCAUCACUGUCAGAUUCCGUGCAGCCAUAUGCCCAAAGAACCAGAGAGCAUUAAUUUUAAAUGAGACACGCAGGCACUUAAUAGAAAAAAUAUAUAUAUUUGUAUGUGUAUAAUAUUUGCACAUACUAUAUAUGCAUACAUGCAUACGUACCUACGAUGGGCCCUAAUGAAUACUUUCUUAGGGUGGGCUUGGAAUAUCAAAAUCUAUUGCUGCGGGGUGCCUGGGUGGCUCAGUUGUUAAGCGUCUGC